UUCUCCAUCCCACUCAUUCGUUUCUUUCUCUUGUUUACAAAAAUGGAAAAAUAGAGGUACAUCAUUCAACCAACAAGAAGAUGAGUUGUUAUGUCAUGUCUACUUAGAAAUUUCACAAGAUCCCAUUGCUAUCAACAAUCAAACUCUGAAGAAACUAUGGGAAAAAAUAAAAAAAUCUUACAAUGAAAAAAAAAUAGAGACUUGGGAAAUUAGAAGUAAUGGAUCUUUAGAAAGUAGGAUGGGUAUCAUUUUGUAUGCUGUUAGAAACUUGAAGAGCUGUGUGAUCCAAGUGCAAAAUAUGCAUCCAAGUGGCGCAUCCGAUCAAGACAUUAUGGAAAAGGCAAAAAAAUUAUUGAUGCAAGACCCAAAACUAAAAAAAGUUUUUAAAUUUGAUCAUGUGUGGCUUUUAAUGAAAGAUAUUCCAAAGUUUUCAGAUAAUAUCAAUGUCGGUAUUCCGGAUAUUGAGAGUGAUACUGUCGGCUCCCCAGCAUCACAAUCUCCUGGAAGUUCUUCAAAUUCGUCACAACGUCCUAUUGGAUCGAAGAAAGCAAAACUUAAAAGAAAACUUUCUGAAGGUAAUACUUCAUCUAUGGAUAAUGUGGAUUCAGCAAAUGAACAAAUCCUAGAUUUCUUAAAAGAAAGUGCAUCAUCUAGAGAAAAAACUUAUGAGAUGGUUCAGUUACAUAUGCAAAAUCAAGCAAAAAAAAUAGCUCUGGAAGAAAUGGAGGCUGAAAAUAAAAUCCUAUUGAAAAUUCUAAACUCCAUUGAUGAUAUUAACACUCGCGAGUUUAUCCGAGCUGAACAAGUAAGAAUCAUACAAAAAAGAACUCAGCAACAACAAACCGAAGAGAAUGCUCAAAAUUCAUAUCGAGAAUACUUUGGUGAUUUUGGAGGUUCAAGACCAAAUUUACCUUAAUAUUAGUAAUAUAUAUUCAAUGUGGAAUUUUUCAGCUUAUGGAUUUAUCUGAAUAUUAGUAUUGUAAGAUAUAUUUUAAUGUGUAAUAUUUCAGUUUAUGUAACUUUUAUUUGAUGUAAAAUAUUAUGAUUGAAAUAUAA